AUGGACAAUCAGUCAAUAGAGAAAAAGUAUGAAAUCAUACUGCAGCUAGAAAAAGGAACAAAACCGGCAGACCUUAGUCGUCAGCAUGGCAUUCCAGCAAACACCAUUUCAGGAUGGAAAAAGAAGGCCAACGUGAUAAAGCAAAUGUACGAGAAGUCUGUCUUUGAUCCAGCAAGAAAAAAAAUUAGAGUGGCUGAGCACAAAGAUGUCGACGAUGCACUGUUUCAAUGGUUCACAAAUACGCGAGCAACAAACCUUCCCGUCAAUGGUCCCUUGCUGAUGGAGAAGGCGGACAUCCUUGCUGCAAAGCUAGGACACCCUGACUUUAAAGCAAGUCAGGGGUGGCUGGAUCGUUUCAAAAAGAGGCACAACAUUGUCUUCAAAGCAAUUUGUGGAGAGAGCGCUGCGGUUCAACAGGAACAAGUGGAUUCAUGGCUGAAGACUCAAAUGCGCACAAUUUUGGAUACCUAUGAGACUCGGAACAUUUUUAAUGCUGAUGAAACUGGGGUGUUUUGGAAAUGCCUUCCAGACAAGACUAUGGCGUUUCGUCGGGAGGCCUGUCACGGUGGAAAAAAGUCGAAGGACCGACUUACAGUGCUAGUUGCUGCUAACAUGGAUGGAAGCCAAAAACUCCCGCUCUACGUUAUAGGAAAGUCCAAGAAUCCCAGAUGCUUUAAGCAGACCAAAGUUCUCCAAUGUGAUUACGAUGGCCAGCCAAGCGCCUGGAUCACAGGAGAUCUAUUCAGUGCAUGGGUGAAAAAGUGGGACAGGAAGUUCCAAGCAGAGAAAAGGAAGGUGGCACUGAUCGUGGACAACUGUAGAGCUCAUCCGGAUGUUCCUGGUCUCAAGGCCAUUAAGAUCUUUUACCUCCCACCUAACACAACGAGUAAGCUCCAACCAAUGGACCAGGGGAUAAUCCAAGUGCUUAAGGUGUACUACAGGAAAAUGUUGAUGCGCCAAUACCUGCUCCAUGAUGAAAAGAAGGCACAGUACACCACUUCCCUUCUAGAUGCAAUGAACUUCCUGAGAUCAGCCUGGAAUGACGUGAAGAAGGAAACAAUCUAA